AUGGACUGUAAGGCACGUCUGUUUAAACCACAUGGGGCAUGUGUGUUUUAUUCCAUAUGUCACAUAUAUACUGCAGUUGUUCAACACCUUCAAUUUUUUGGGUAUUUAUUUAAUAAUGCAGAUUGUAAGAUUGCUAUAUUGUUUCUUUUUUUAUGGACUUUUCCUGAUAAAUUGGGUCUAAAAAUCUUGUUAAUACGUGUUUUGCAGGCCUUAUUUUUAAUUCGAAUGAUUAAUGAUGCGUCAUCCAAGCCUUUCGAACGUCUUUUUCGAACGUUUUCGAGAAAAUUUAAAGAAUUUCAAAAGAAAGACACUCUCAUAACAAUGUCGUCUGUGGCAGGAUCAAAGCGUCGAAUUGACAAUAAGUCGUGCAAAAUCAAGUACAAAGCUCUUAAAGCGUUGGAAAAGGGUACUGCGCCAAAGGAUGUGGCAAAAGAGUUCAAAAUUCCUCCAAGCACCCUGUCAACUUGGAAAAAAAAUAAAGAAAAGAUUUACAAGCAGUUUAACAACGGGCAAACAUCGAAGAGAUCAAAGCCAGAAAAAUUCGAAGAUGUGAACAAAGCUGUUCAUAAAUGGUUACUUAUGAUGAGGAGUGAGAAUAUCCCAAUCAGUGGCCCGAUGCUGAAAGAGAAAGCUCUUGAGUUUGCCGAAGCGUUGGGUGUCGAGUCAUUUCAAGCUUCUCAGGGGUGGAUGGCUAAAUGGAAAACCAGGUAUGGAGUAUCCUUCAAAACCAUCGCUGGAGAAUCACGGUCCGUCACUGAGGAAAUGACAGCGCCAUGGUCGGAGACAACAUUACCAACCAUUCUCUCCCGCUAUCCUCUGGAAGACAUUUUUAACGCCGACGAAUUUGGGCUUUUCUUUCAAUGCCUUCCCAAUAAAACUUUGCAUAUGAAAGGUGAUAAGUGUCCUGGAGGAAAACACAGCAAAGUUAGACUUACAGGUUUAGCUGCUGGUAAUGCCUUGGGGGAACGAUUGCCAAUGUUUGUAAUCGGCAAGUCCGCCAACCCUCGUUGCUUUAAAGGUGUCAAAACACUACCCUGUCGAUACCGUUCGCAAAAGAAGAGUUGGAUGUCUGGAGAGCUGUUCGAAGAGUGGGUACGCGAGCUUGAUCGAAAAUUCUCUGUCUCUAAGCGAAAAAUUGCUUUGAUUAUUGACAAUUGUACCGCACAUCCUCAUGUUGAAAACCUGGAAUGGGUAGAAUUGAUCUUUCUUCCUCCAAAUACCACGUCCCGAACCCAACCUAUGGACCAAGGAAUUAUCCGCGCCCUGAAAGCAAAAUAUCGAUCGCUAGCAGUGCGGAAAUUGAUAAAAGCCUUGGACGAGGCAAAAUCGACUCCGAAGUUCUCGAUUCUUGCAGCUAUGUACAUGCUAAGGAAAGCAUGGGAUGAUGUUUCCAACAAAACAUUCACCAAUUGCUUUCGAAAAUCAGGAAUUUCCCAAAAGGAUGCAGAAAGAGCGAUCAACGAAGAUGACGACCCUUUUAAAAGUUUAACCAGCGAAGUAGAAGAAGACCCAAUUCCAACCCUCGAUGCUGAACUCUCUUACAUAAAACGAAGGUUUCCUGACCACAUUAAUCCUGACUUAUCAACUGAAGAUUUCAUUGAUUUUGACAUUGAAGUCAGUACAUCUCAUGGGCGUCUGAAGACUGCUGACAUCAUUGCUGAGAUCACUGGGACUCAAGACGAAGAAUUAGAAGAGGUCGACGAAGAAGACAAGAAGGAAGAAGAUAAGAUCACAAGACCGACGGCCGAGCAAGUGCGUACAGCUAUCAACGUCCUCGAAGACUUGAGUAUUUUUUCACAUUUUGGAGAAGAAAUGAUAGCUUCCCUGAGGGACUUGAAUCGUAAUAUCGCCAAAGAUUUUCAUAUGAGUUGUAAGCAAACAGUUAUCACCGACUUCUUUUCUAAAUAA